GGAACUACAACUCCCAGAAUUCCUCCAACGCGUAAGCGACGACUGUUCCACCGACCUCGCCGCGACGCCCUCUGGGAUAUGUAGUGUGCCCCUUCAGCCGUGCGUGCUGCCCUUGCCCGGCAUUUUUUCCUGGUGUGGGGACAGACUUCACCAGAGGAAAGAAGCUGCAUGUUAGAAUGAGAUUUGGAGUCAUCAUAAUGGAAGCAAAACACAUGAAGGAAAAACAGUUAUUUUUAUACCAGUUUAUUGCACCUGACUACUGUUUGCAAAUGCUUUUCAUUUAAGUAAAUUUGUGAUGUAAAUGAAAAGAUAACUUUUUGCUGGACUUACCCAUCACAAAUAUGCUUCGUCUAAGAGCUAUUUAUCCAUUCUUCUGGAGAGUGUUUCAAUUUCGACCCUCAAGUUGUGAACCAUUAAUUAGCCAGAUGAAUAAGUGUACAGAAGAAGAGCAAAUAUUUGAUCUUAUUGAAAGGAACAAAGCCACCCUUUCAGAAAAGCAAGUGGGAUGUGCAUUUAAUAUACUUUGGCAGUUUCAAAAGCAGAAGACCAGCUCAAAAAAUGUUGACUAUGUCAAAGACCAUCCCCAAUUUCUUACUCUUCGUAAUUUAACUACAGAUAAAAUAGAAUUAAUGAAUGAUGAUACCCUGGUGAACGUGUUGUACAUCACACAACAGCUUGCUGUUGAGGCCCAUGACCGUCUAGUUGAAGCGCUAGUUACAGAAGCAUGGAAAAGGCUGGAAAGGUUUGAUAUUAAUGUGCUGUCAAAAUUUUCUUCUUGCCUAGCAGAUCAACAUUUGCAUUUUAGUCCAUUAAUGGGAAAAAUAGCUGAUAUUGUACAUAGAAACUUGGAAACCAUACAGGACUUAAGGUCCUUGUCUGUCUUAAUGGUCAGCACAUCUUCUUUAAUAUCACAACAGUUUCGAGAAAGAUUAGUAAACAAAACAGAACUUCUUUUUGACACCAUAGAUUCUUCCCAGGUCAACAAUUCAAGAAGAAUAGUACAGUUUCUUCGGAAUGUUAAAUAUAGUUACUACCCACUAUUAGAAAGGUGCAAUAAAGUGUUUGUAAGCAAUGUGAGCCACCUUGAUUUAGAAUCCAUCAGUAAAAUACUUGGCCUAUACCAGUCUCUACAGUUUCAUAGUUUUGAAUUUAUUAGAAUGGCUAAAACGAAGCUAACUGAAAUGACUCCUCUGUGUGAUAACCCUGCUAGCUUUGUAAAAUUAUUUGUAGCACUGGGACCCAUGGCAGGACCGGAAGAAAGGAAACAACUUAAAUCAACCAUAUUACUGAUGUCAGAGGAGCUGACCAGCCAACAAGCCCUGGCAGUGUUGGGAGCAAUGGAAGAGAUGGAAAGUAGAAAUUCACGCCUGAUUAAAAAAAUUGCUUCAGUUGUGCAUAAACAUUUGGAUAACUAUAAACCACUAGAGUUAUUGAAGAUAACUCGAGCACUGAUUUUUCUGCAUUUUCAAAGUAAAGACAUUUUUGUGAGACUCAGAGAGUUACUGCUUAGUUAUUUGAAAAUCAGUGUCAUACCUGCUGAGAUUUCCAUCCUGGUCAGUGCUAUUUCCAUGCUUCCUUCGCCUCACCUAGAUGAAGUAGGGACAUCCCGAAUUGAAGCAGUUUUACCACAGUGUGACCUCAGUGAUCUGAAUAAUUUUGCCACAUCUGUUUUAAGAUGGAUUCAGUAUGAUCACACGUAUUUGAAUAGUACUACUGGAAAACAACUGAAACUACUUCAAAAAUUAGAUCAGUAUGGACGUCAGAGGCUACAAGAAAGCAAUAAUUUGGAUCUGUUAUGGGAGGAACUUAAAUCUUUAAAAGGAGACUGGUUUGUUGAGUCACUUCUUGAAGAAACAAUUGCUACUUUACAACGGUUGAUGGAUGAAAUUAAUUUCACAAAUGUUGCGGGGAUUGCAACUUUUAUUUCUAGAACUAGCUACCUCAAUACUUUGCUACUUGAUAGAAUAGCCUCAGUGGUCCUUCAACAGAUUGAAAAGAUCCAUCCUUUUUCAAUCCUUUCUGUUAUUCUUCCGUUCAGCACCUUGAACUAUGAUCCACCUCAAAGGAAUGAAUUCUUGGGGACUUGCAUUCAACAUUUUAAUUCUUACCUAAGCAUAUGGGAUCCUCUCAUAUUAGUGUUUCUUAGUUUCUCUCUGGCCAUCCUGGGAUGUUUUCCAGAAGAUCUGAUAAAGGCAAUUUUUAACAUCAAAUUCUUAUCCAAAUUGGAUUCUCAACUUGAACUUUUACCUUCAUCUCUAAAUACGAGGGUCCACUUUCGUCUUAUGGAGUUAAAUAGAGCAGUCUGCUUGGAAUGCCCUGAGUUUCAGAUUCCCUGGUUUCAUGACCGUUUCUGUCAACGACUGUAUAAUAAAGAGAUUGGCAACAUGAAUGGAGCACAGCAGCAGAUGUAUAAAAUGCUAGCAGAGGUACUAGGAGGAAUCAAUUGUGUAAAAGCCUCGGUUCUUACACCUUAUUACUACACAAUAGAUUUUGAAUGUGUCUUAGAUAAAAGAAAAAAGCCUCUUCCUUAUGGAAACCAUAAUAUAAUUUUGGGAAAAAUGCCAGAUGAGAACUGGAAAUCACAUACCCAAAUAGAUGGAUCAAGGCUGCCACCGGGAGCUGAAAGGAUUGCUUUGGAGUUUUUGGAUUCAAGAGCUUUUUGUAGAAAUAUCCCUCACUUAAAGGGAAAAUCUGCCAUGAAAAAACGACAUUUGGAAAUUUUGGGCUAUCAUGUAAUUCAGAUUCCACAUUUUGAAUGGAACUCAAUGGCACUAUCAACAAAGGAUGCUCAGAUGGACUACCUGAGAGAACGUAUAUUUGGAGAAAGCAAAUCGUAAUUGUAGUUUUAAUUUAAAAUUAGUUAUCAUCAUUUGUCACAUUUGGACUUAUUUUAAUGAAGUGAUCUGACCCAAUUAAAAAACAGUGUAGAAUUAACUGAUUUCAAGGCCAGUUGAAUACCUCUUAAAAUAAACAGACAUUUUAAAAUGAAGUACUUUCUCAACUAUCUGGUUGGAAAACUGUUUAACAUUCUUAGAAUAAAAGACAUGUAGCUUUUAAGAAUCUUAGUUUACCAUUCAUUCUUUGAGUGCAUACUAUUGUGCCAGAAACUGGUUUAUGCAAUGGGAUAUAGCAGUACAUACAGCGUAUUUUCUGUGUGGUCAAUUAAAAAAAAAAAUAUAUAUGAUAUUAAGUUCAAUGGAGAAAAAUCCAGAACAGGGGAUAGAAAUGUUAUGGGGUGUGUGAUUUUAAAUACAGUUACCUGGGAAAGGCUCACUGAGGAGGUGAUAUUUGAAUAAAGAUUUAAGGAGGUAAGGCUAUAUCAGGGCAGAGUAUUCCAGGCAGAAAGAACAGUAGGUGCAAAGAUCCUGAGGUUAGAAUAUGCCUGGAGUGUUUGAGAGUAACAAGGAAUCCACUAUAGCUGGAGCAGAACAAGUGUUCAGGGGUGUGGAGAAUGUAAUAGGAGAAAAGGUAAGAGAUAACAGAGUCAAAAUAUAUAGGAC